GUUAAAACCUUACUCUUCCACAGUCCAUCGCUAUAUUUAGGUUAAUAUGGGACUGAUCUGCCCGUUCAUGCGUUAGACAUCACUGAUGUUCAGUGAAGAAAAUACCAAUGCAGGGGAAUGGAAAAUCUUCCCGAAAUUGAUGUAAUUGGCGAAGGAGUUAUAUUAAUUCGAAUAAGGUAAAAUAAUGAAACUUUGAAUUACUCUAUCAUUAUAAGUUUGUAUUUACCUCAGAAGUUGAAAACGAAAUAUACAGAAACAAAUGUAGGAUCCAUAAUAGUAUUCAGCCGCUCUCUGCAUGGUUUGAAAUAUGCAAGCUUUCGACUGCCAGUCAGCAGAUUUCAACGGGUAGAUUGUACAAUGGUAAACUAGUCGUUGAAGACUGCAAACUGGCAGUCGAAAGCUUCUAAGAUAAAUAAAUAUUUGAAACGCUUAACCAGAGAGCGUCUGAAUAGUAUUAUAAGUUUAUAACUAAAUGCGUACAAUUGUAAACUUCAUCGUGAUCAGAGUUUUAAAAAUUAUUCAUUUUAUUUUGGAAUUUGGAAUUUAUGUCUUUUAUAUAGCAUAUAUUUAUGGAGAAAUUAUCAUUAUUUAAUGAAUUAAUUAAGGAAAGUAAAGAAUUAUUGUACAUUUUCGGUUUUCUACGUUAUCCGAUGUUAUACACAUGACUGAAUUAUGAUGUGGUGUAACGUAAGCCGAUAGCACUACGAACUGGUCAUAUUUCAGUGACACUAUUAACCUCCCCACUUUGACUAUAAUUCUAGAAGUUACUAUCGCAAGGAAAGUGCUGCCUUAUCCCGCCUUCCAUCAUAUAAGCAUCAUACUGCUAAUUGACCUUAUGCAUAAUGACGUCACAAGGCUUGACGCCCGCGAGGAAUGCUGGUCUUAGUAGUCAUCGCCCGGAAUAAUUAAACAAUUAAAAAUGGCCAGUAUCGAAAUUUUCCCGUGUGAUGACUACUAAGACUAUCACUCCUCGCAGCAGUCGCAGGCAUCGAGCCUUGAGACGUCACUAUACAGUAAAGCCCCACAUAAAAGAACCAGUAGGUUAAAAACCACUACUGAUGAGUCUGUUUUUACAAUUGUGUGUGCCCCACUUUGCAAGAUGGCGUCGCGAACCGCCGAACUCCAAAAAGGCCUAUUGUAUGACUAUAUAGUCCGUAGCGUACCUGAUGACGGAAUGCGUACUUCAAAGCCAAAAGUGAACUUUUACCGUCCAUAGGCAGGACAAGAUAAAUAAAUUUAUGUAUCAUAUCGGAGUAUAAAAUUGUGAUAUGUGUCGCGACAACAGCGCUAUAUAUGUAUACAAUUACCCCUUGGGGAUUCCCCCAAUUAGAAUAAUCACGCAUGCAUGCAUAUCUCAGUUGAAUUAAAACAUCAGGGGUCAAGACUUAAAAGCUGAGGUUGAGGGCCACGAAAGUCGGAAUAAAAUUUGUUAUUGAUACAUUUGCAGGAUUCUAAAUUUUAAUCACGUAUUUGUUUUAAAUUAAUAAUUGUUUUAAUAUGGGAUUUAAAUUAGAAACACUUCAAACUCGAAACGUUGUGCGUUGUGUUGUUAACCUUAUAAUAUUCCUGCUUUUUUACUGAGGUCGUUACUGAAGGAAUCGAUACCGUAACGGUCUCAUAUAUGGGCGAGGUUCAGGCGAGAUCGCGGCUAUUUUUCAAGAUCGUUAAAAUGCGAAAAAAUUAACAACCAUGUACCUAUAACAAUCCUAAAACUUACUCUAAACCUUACCCCAAACCUAACACAAAUCCUACCCUAAUAUUACCCCUAAACUAUAAGCGAACUCUGCAGUUUCAAAAAUGUUAUUUUGAAUCAUCUUCAAACCUCACUAUCCCAUGCAUAUCGUCAUUACUGUUCGCCCAAUUAAGUCUUUAUAAUCUGUCUUGUAAAAUGGUCUAAUUCUCACAGUUUUAUUAAUUUUAGGUUUUUGAUCCGUCACCGGGAUGAUGCGGAAGGUCAUCGACUAGUAAUUUUAAUAUCAAUUGAAUUUGGUUUGGAGCCAACCGGAAAUCCUUCGCAAGAUGACGGUAAGGUAUUAUAUUACUAUUAUUACACUGGCCUGUAGGCCAAGUGUCUUAAAUCCCCCUUUUUCUGGGUUUUUUUUCGUAGUCGAGAAAUCGAGUUUGCGUUAGCUCAUCGCAGGCUCAAGGUGCAACGAUUAAGCCAAAAUGCCAUCGAUUCCCUCGGUUCCAUAAUUUAGAUAGUAUGGUAAUAAGCUCGUAUAUAUGUACGUAAUAGCCGACUCAUGCCAUGCUUGUGGUACAUUUUUCGUUUAUUAGCCCAUACACUUGUACACACGCGUACAAUUCCGAACUCCAAUAGAUUUGCACCAUUAGUCCAUUACGUCUCCCGAAAAGGUCUUUUAUUUUUUGAAAUCUCGUUAUUUUCAGGCCAGUGUGAACGCCUGAGCAGGCGUCUUGUUAGUUUUUGAUACCAUAUCAUAAAAUUGUUUACUAUAUUAAUUCACUUGUCGAAAACUUUGAUAAUUUCGUAGCAGUAUAUAGAUUGCUCGAUCAGGAGAAAUAUUAAUAUUUACGCUGUUACGCCCGGUUAAUAAUACACAAUGUAUGAUAUAUGUCAACAUUAUUCAAGCACUAUGGCAAACUUAGGAUGCAUAUUAUUCCUUGGUUUUGCGUAUUUUUUAUCUAUAUUUGAGAUAUUCCAACAAGCAUUUCUUUACCAUUAUUGCGAAUGGCAAAAUGCAGAAGCGAUAACAUGAACAAAAUAGUAUUCUCAAAUGAUGUUGAAAUUGGAUGAACGUAACAUUUCUUCGCAUAUUAUUUCUUAGAGACGGACCAUUUUCCACAAGAAAUUAUGGAUUUACGUGUGCCCAGGUCAUUGUGACACCGUCGCAGACAUUCUGUGAUACGACAGAUUUUGUAUUGAUAAUUAGUUCAGUCUAUACUUCUAUCAAAUGACUGCCAUAAAAGUACUUUAUUAAUCGUCAAAGACAAUUUAAUUAAUUUAAAAUAAAUGUUCUUAUUAGAAGACGACUUAGUUAUCUAAUACUAUGGAUUUCAUCGAACUGUGUGGCACGUGUCAGCUCGUGUCAAAAUGCCGUUUGUGUUUUCAGUAGAAAAUGUGUAUUAC